GCGUUGUAGAGUCUCUCUCUCCCUCUCUCUCAGUGCUUCCUCUGAGUUUUCUUGUGGGUCAAGACUAUGCUUCCACAAAUGGAGAGGAGAAAAUGGACUGAUAUGAUGAUGGUGAUGGCUAUGGUGAUGGCAUCGAUGGUUGAGUCUUCGAGAUCACUCAGAAACGAUGAUGACUCUGAUAUCUUCCGACGAAACUUGCUCUCUAAUGGCCUCGGCCUCUCUCCUCCCAUGGGGUGGAAUAGUUGGAACCAUUUCAACUGUAACAUAACCGAGAAGAUCAUCAGAGAAACUGCUGACGCUCUGGUUUCCACUGGCCUCUCUAAGCUCGGCUACACCUUCGUUAACAUCGAUGAUUGCUGGGCUGAAAUUUCUCGUGACGACAAUAAACAUCUGGUGCCUAAGAACUCAACAUUCCCUUCUGGGAUCAAAGCAUUGGCAGAUUACGUUCAUAGCAAGGGCCUUAAGCUUGGGAUUUACUCCGAUGCCGGGCACUUCACUUGCAGCAAAACCAUGCCUGGUUCCCUUGGCCAUGAGGAGCAUGAUGCCAUGACAUUCGCAGAAUGGGGAGUAGAUUACUUGAAGUAUGACAACUGCCACAAUGAUGGAUUGAAACCGACUGUUAGGUAUCCUGUGAUGACACGAGCUCUGAUGAAAACCGGUCGCCCCAUCUUCUUCUCAUUGUGUGAAUGGGGAGAUAUGCAUCCGGCUCUCUGGGGAUUUCAAGUAGCAAACAGCUGGAGAACCACAAGUGACAUCGCUGAUAACUGGGCUAGUAUGGUCUCUAGAGCAGACAUGAAUGAAGUCUAUGCCGCUCUUGCAAGGCCUGGAGGCUGGAAUGACCCAGAUAUGCUUGAAGUGGGCAAUGGAGGGAUGACAAAGGACGAAUACAUUGUCCAUUUCAGCAUAUGGGCAAUCUCUAAGGCUCCUCUUCUACUCGGCUGUGACAUAAGGAACAUGACGAAAGAAACAAUGGAGAUUGUUUCCAACAAGGAGGUCAUUGCUGUUAAUCAGGGUACUUCAACUAAGAAUCCACUUGGUGUUCAGGCCAAGAAGGUGAGGAUGGAAGGAGAUCUUGAGGUAUGGGCAGGGCCAUUAUCAGGUUACAGAGUGGCUUUGCUGCUAGUGAACCGAUCACCAGUGCGAUCUGCUCUCACCGCUCACUGGGAUGACAUCGACAUCCCUGCAAACACCAUUGUUGAAGCCAGAGAUCUCUGGCAGCACGAGACUUUGGAACAGGAGUUUGUCGGGAACUUGACAGUGACAAUGGAUUCUCAUGGAUGCAAGAUGUAUAUCCUGAAACCUCUGGUUUGAGAGCGUUGUAAUCCUACUGGGACUAGUUUGCUUUUGUCUCGUCUCGCCACAACACAUGUUUGGGAUUUGAACAGUGAUGCAAUAAAAUCUCCUGCCCUCUUCUACCCACAUAAGCACA